UUGCAUCAAAUAGAAAAACCUAAAAAAAUUUUGUCCAAACGGGGAGCAGCCCUUUGCCCCUUGCUUUCUCUCGUCCUCUAUAUAAGCCGACCUCCGCUGCUCCUCUCUUUUCUCAGGCUUUGAUCUAAACUGAAAAAUUACAGCUUUGAAUCCCACUGUUGCAAGAUUCUACCCUUUGACUGUAAACUCUAUAUUUCUCUCUCUAUGAAAAUGAAGUGACCUUUCAUAGUUUUUGUUUAUCCGGUUCUCCAACUAAUCGGGAAACUUUCACCAAAGACCAAACGAUUGAAUCCCAAACUCUUUCUGGCGGAACCCUCUGCAUUUUUGCGAAAUUUUGAAACUUAUUGUAUUGUUUCAAAGCGGCGAAACCUCGAGAUACUUUUCACUUGUCUUCCGCGAGUCUGAGACCUUACUUCUUCGACUACUCGACUUUUGCAAGUCCUUAUCUCGAAAAAAUUUCCUAAAAGUCUCAGUUUACUUUUAAAAAAAAAAUCCACCAAUAACCCUUUGAAUUUUGGAGCUUAAGGAUUGAAGCAGUUUGGAGUUGUUUUUGUUUUCUUUUUCCCUCUUGGUUCGGAAUCUGGGUUUCUUUUCGUUUCUACUUUUCCCAAGUUCUGUAAUUAUAAUGGAUACUGAGGAUUGGGAAAGUUGUUCAGACAACGAGGUCUAUCUUCAAGACAGAAAUGAGGAUGAUGAUGAUGAAGAGAAUUGCUACUCAUCUGGUUUCUUAUCCAAGUUACAAUUUAGGAAAGAUAUUUCAAAGGCCCUAUGGGUUGAUGAUUUGGCUAUGGCUGAGGUUGUAGAAAAGAAGGGUAAGAUGUGGGUGACUAUGGGGAUAGUUCGUAGUGGCAACACAUAUUGCUUCAUUGAGGAAACUUUGUUUUUGAUUGAAAUAGGGGCAUUGCAUCUUUUGGAUGAAAAGGGUAUAUGUCUUUCUUUAAAAGAAGUAUAUGAGAAGCUUUCAUGUGAAAAGAGCGGAUGCUUUUGGGAGCUCUUUGAGGUUUAUAGGCACCUGAAGUCUCUUGGUUAUGUUGUUGGGCGCCAUGGUAUCCCUUGGUCUGUGAAGGGUCAAAAGGUUAAAGCCGGAAUUCAGGGCAAUCAAGAGAGAAAUGAGUUGCUGGAAAUGGAGUCGAAAGGCAAAAAUUCCAUUAUGGAGUUGUUCAAUAAUAUGCAGAUUAUUGAAGUGAGUCCUGCUUUUGAUGUUUUUCUUCCAAACAGCAAGUUUAGAAAGUCUUCUCCUGGUGAUCCAAGUUUUGUUCUCUACUUAAGUAGGGGCAGUCCACCAUCCAGGGUAGAAAUUGAGACUCUUGAGAGAAAGCAUGGUGCCAUCCCUUUGAAGUUUUGUCAAGUAGAGAAUGGGCGUAUCAGUUUCUUCUCCUUUGGUAAGGUGGAGCUUGCUGUCCUACCUUAAAAACUUUUUGUUGUCUUACAGAACUGUUGGCUUAGAUGAUUCAACAAAGAACUUAGAAGAUAUUUUAUCUUUAGCUCAAACAAUUCAUGGAGUUGCCAGUCCUUGAGUGUGAAGCAGCUGCUUGAAAUGUUCUUGUGCUGGAAAUGGCACCAUGACCACUGCCACUGAGUUUUCUUGGUUUGGCAUUUUAGGGAAGAAACCCAGGGAAAUCCUUUCUCCUUUUGCAAUAUUCUUUGUGGAAUAUGGAUAAAAAAUAAGCAAGCAAGUAUUGGGAUGUUUUGGGAUGAAAUACUAUAUGUGUAUCAUUGUCCAUACAUAUUCAUAUAUCAUAAGAAGAUUUAAUUAUAAUUAACUUGUGUCUAUUAGAAUAAUUAUGCUAAUUAAUGAUUUCUUUAUUUAUGAUUCAAUGGAUAUGUGCCAAUCAUCAAAUUCAAUAUCACUUGUGGAAUUUAAACACUCCAUCCUAAUGGGCCUUUAUUAUGUAAGUACUUAAAUAUACCAAAGUUAAUUGAUGCAAAAUUUAUUUUUAUCAUCACUUGAGAAUAGUUGAUGAUUAAAUUAACCAUGAUUAACAUAAUUAAAUAUCUUUUGUUUUAACAUGAUACUGGAAUAAUUAAAACAAUGAAAUAACUUAUAUAUUUUUAUCGUAUAUUAUCCCCAUGUGGUGGCUUUAUUGAAUGUUUUGUACAUAAAGAUUUUUAAGGUACGGUGUGGAGGUAACUUUUCUUUCAUUUGCAAAUUGUAAGAUUUUUCUACUGUUCUAUAUUCCUUUGGUAAAAAGUAAAAACCACAUGUGACAAACCUUUUUUUUCCCUUGCUAAUCUCCUAUAUCCGUUCUCAUUGGUGCUCUUUGUUCGUUUGUCAAAGUGUCGCUGAUCUUGGUACUUUUUCUUUUCUUCCUUCGUUAAUCUUGGCUUUGUUUAUUUUUUAUCGAUCUAUACUUAAAUAAUAAUUCAAAUUGGUUUGUCAUUCUUCAUUGUGGAUACGAAUUGACGAGGACACUAGAAUCAGACAAGCUGUAGCAAAAU